AUGCGAAGGAAUGUUCUAACCCUCAUAUCCCUGCUUUGGCUGGACGUCGCUGUUGCAGACGAGUCACGACCGCCGCAGACGCGUCCUGGACUCGGGGGUGUCGAUGCUAGAACGCUUACUUUGCAAUUGACUGGCGAAUAUACCACCACCAUACCGCCGGAGACGGACAGCGAAAUCCAACUGCUCUACGACCCAUUACUGGACUCUUCGACUUCGAUCCUCAAGGCAAUUCCAACUGCAGUUUACCGGCCAGAAUCAUACGAAGCCGUUGAUCGCGCUAGAGACUCAUCCAGAGUCGACAGUAAGAGCAUACCAAUACAAUGGCACGAAACCUGGGUGUUGGGACCCGACGUAACGGACAAACACACCCUGGGACAGCUAGCCCGGAUGAGUUCAAAUGCCUACCACCUACCCGGCCAGAAGAACUGGAAGUGGCGUGACCUCGAUCCUUCGUGGAAUAUCAACACCAGCUUUCCUUUCGGCUGGGAUAACGCGGAAGACGGAUUCCGUGGUUUUGUCUUCCGGUCUGAAGACAACUCUACCGUUGUUCUCUCGAUCAAAGGCACGACUUUGCAGGGUCCAACGUCAAGGAAGGACAAGUUAAACGAUAAUCUGCUAUUCUCUUGUUGUUGUGCCCGUGUCGAUUUUUCGUGGGUUUUCUCGACGGUCUGCGAUUGCUACUCUUGGUCCCCGCUACACAAUCGCUGCGAUGACCCGUGUCUAUCAGCCGCACUGAUACGAGAUAGCCUCUUCUAUUCGAUCGGAACUAAAUUGGUCAGGGAUUUACGAAUGUUAUACCCUUUCGCUAACAUAUGGCUGGUCGGACACAGUCUUGGUGGGAGUCUCGCCUCUCUCCUAGGCUCCACUUUUGGACUGCCUGCGGUUGCCUUCGAAGCUCCCGGCGAGCGUAUGGCAGCGCAUAGACUUCAUCUGCCACUCCCUCCAUCCAGUUACCCGUCCAGGUUGCCUCGUGUGCCCGUCACUCAUGUAUAUAACAACGCGGAUCCAAUACCACAAGGUGCUUGCACUGGUAUUGCUUCGCCGUGUGCUCAGACGGGUUACGCACUCGAGACUAGGUGCCAUCUCGGAAAGACAAUCGUGUAUGAUACGGUGGGAAGGUUGGGCUGGCACGUUGAUCUGCGAAAGCAUGGCAUUGACGUGUUGAUCGCGAACGUGUUGGAUGCAGAAGGACUGUGGCCCGAUGGUGAAGCUGGCGAAGAACGAGAGGUUCCGACAGCCCAAGAAGAGGCUGAUUGUGUUGAUUGUUUCAAGUGGGAGUUUGGACAUUUCAAGAAUAAGCCAAUCGGUUGACCCGCUAAGUAUGACUUGCGAUUCACUCCCGUUAGCCAUACUGCGAUCGAGUGCUUUGAGUAAACCGGUUGCGAUGUGUAUUUGCUAGAUGUACAAUUGUUGUUCUACAUGGUUAUCCGAUCCGUGUUGUACUUAUCCAUUGGAAUUUACCUGCUACCGGCCUUAUCUAUACGAAGGCUUAUCCCUGGAAUUCCUGUCCUCCAAUAACUGCUCCUUGAACAAUAACUUGCCUGAUGUUCUUGUGGUCACCACAGAAGAAGAAGCGUUCCAACCACUCUUUCAACAUCUUUUCGGCACUUUUUAGAGUGUCGUCUCCAAUGAGAUCGCGACCCGGAUUGUAGCCCCAGAUCGCCGGGUUACCACUGUCGUCACGAACGCUGACAAGGAGCGCAUCAAAGGCUUUGCCUUCCUUGAAUGAUCCUAUGCGAUCUUGUAGACAGCAAACUUCU